UCAUCGCCUGUCGAUCCCACCUCCAGUUUCUCCCCAGAAUAAACGGACAAUAUCGACGUCUGGCGACCGUUAACCGGAGGAUUUACCGCCAUUUUGGGGGCUCUCACUCCGUCUUAUUUACUUCCAGCUGCCUACGUUGUUAAAUUUACAUAGGGUAUAGUUCGUUUUUCCCACCAACCGAAGUGAUGUCUGUCGCGGGGUUGAAGAAGCAAUUCCAUAAAGCCACUCAGAAAGUCAGCGAGAAGGUUGGAGGAGCCGAAGGGACCAAGCUAGACGAUGACUUCAAAGAAAUGGAAAAGAAGGUGGACGUCACCAGCAGAGCAGUGCUGGACAUCAUGACCAAAACCAUAGAGUACCUACAACCCAAUCCAGCAUCCAGAGCCAAGCUGAGUAUGAUCAACACCAUGUCAAAGAUCCGCGGCCAGGACAAGGGACCUGGUUACCCACAGGCAGAGUCCAUCCUGGGGGACGCCAUGUUGAAGUUUGGACGGGAGUUAGGGGAGGAGUCCUGCUUCGGUUUGGCGUUGAUUGAUGCCAGCGAGGCGAUGAAGGAGCUUGGGGAGGUGAAAGACGCUCUGGACAUGGAGGUCAAACAGAACUUCAUCGACCCGCUGCAGAACCUCCACGACAAAGACCUCAAAGAGAUCCAGCAUCAUUUAAAGAAGAUGGAGGGCCGCCGUCUGGACUUUGACUACAAGAAGAAGCGUCAAGGGAAAGUCCAGGAUGACGAGAUCAAACAGGCGUUGGAGAAGUUCGACGAGAGCAAAGAGAUCGCAGAGCAGAGCAUGUUCAACCUGCUGGAGAGUGAUAUUGAGCAGGUGAGCCAGCUGGCAGCGUUGGUUCAAGCACAGUUGGAAUACCACAGCCGCUCUGCAGAAAUCCUCCAACAGCUCUCCAGCAAGAUGGAAGACAGGAUAAAAGAAGUGUCCAGUAAACCGAGGAAGGAAUACGCUCCCAAACCCAGAAUGACCCUGGAGCUGCUGCCCCCCAGUGAGAGUCACAACGGGGGGAUACACUCUGCCAAAUCACCUGGAAGAUCACCAGCACCCAUGGACCAGCCCUGCUGCCGAGCACUCUACGACUUUGAACCAGAGAACGAAGGUGAGUUGGGCUUUAAAGAAGGCGACGUCAUCACCCUUACAAACCAGAUCGACGACAACUGGUACGAAGGCAUGAUCAACGGCCAGUCGGGCUUCUUCCCGAUCAACUACGUGGAUAUCCUGGUGCCACUUCCUCAUUAGGGUACCGCCAAUGACCUGACCCUUCCCCCCGACCAAUCAAGACAUCCUGAUAAACAGCCUGUAUUUGCGUAAACAACAAACCACGCCCUUCUUCUACUUCUUCUUCUGUGCUUCUGUGCGAUUCCGCUUUCACAAAUGGACUGAAACGACUGCGACGGAGACAGAGACGGUGGAUACGACGGGGCGGUGGGACAGGGAUCCUAGGAGAUGAGGAUUUAUGUGUGAAAGAUGCAGAAGAGAUGAGUGGAAAGAGAAGAGAAGACGAAGAGAUGGUGAUCUUUUGCAGCACAGUACUCACUCUGUACUGCUCCGCUCGACCAGGCAGCGCUGGAUCCAAAUGAGGCUUUGGAGACUUACGAAUAAGGCACGGUGUAUAUGUACGUGCAUGUUUGUGUCUGUAUGUGCGUUUCAACCUGUUCUUACUCUACUAUGAUCAAGCCAGCACAAAUUCCUGCUUGUCAGUUAAACUGCCUGACAGCUUCUUCAGUUCCUCGCUGUCUCUCUCUGAAAUACUGCUGUCUUUUCUACCUUGACAUGCCUUCAGUUCUCUUCUUCAGCUCUGCUCUUUCUUUCUUUGUUCCUUUGCUAGCACUGCCUUUUCGCAUGGCUCAGUAAUGUAUACAGACCUCCAACCCAUGAUCCAGAGCUACAGCGGGUCCUCAGACCCUGCUGUUUUUGUUGAAUAGUACUUUUUUAACACUCUCUCUCACCGUCUGCAUUGAAUCUCCACUUGGUGGCUGUAUGCAUGAACCAGCCCAAUCAGAAACUGGAGUGAUGAAACUCCUGUGAAAUGUACUUGUCAGAGGUGCAUCUUUGGAAGGAAGCAGUAACUGCAAUAAGUAGAUUUUCCAGGAUGAAGAAGGGUGCCCAUCGAUCUUAUGGUGGGGAUAUCAGCAGGUUUUGCACCAUUGAUCUACCAGACAGCAGCGAUACGCUAACACAACCAGCAGUAAUCUUGACCAGAACUUUAAAUGGGUCGGCAAACAUGGGUUUAACAGUGUGCUUAGAGGGAAAACAUGCUUGUUUUUUCUCUCUAUACUCUUCUAAGUUACCGCAUCACAGUGUUUUUACAUGUACCAUGUGGAGUAGAUGCUUGUCAUUUUGUCUUAAUUGUGGCUUUUGCAUGUAAGACUGCUUGAUUAGCUGUAGCUGUUCUAAAGUUCCUGUUUUGAAGCUUUUUACCGGUGUCACAAAAGGUGACUGACAUACCACAUCAUUUCCCAGUUUCCUUAACUCCACCAAACAUCAUAUGAGUCAAAUACACGCAGUAGUGGAAGCAUUGCAUACCUGUGAGAACAUGUUUGGAUUUACAGAAGUUUCAGGUUGAAUUCAGUCGUAGUAACUUGGAUCUCUUGUCCUUGGCUCACUCUGAAAACAAUCCAUGUGGAGACCAAUUAAGGCAGGUCCUCCUGACCCUGAAAAACAUCCUUGUAGAACCCAAAAUGCAUGCAAGAACCCUUGAAAUGAAGUAAUUACCACAGGGUUCUGCACCAUUUAGAAUCUUCUCCUUAUUCUUUCAUGAAAAGUUCAUGGGUUGACUGUUGAGGUUGAGGUUGAGGUUUCCUUGGAGGCCUAGUAAAAUUCUGAAACGCUGUUUAGAAGUAGGAAACUUUUGAAUGUUACUUUGGUGACAUGUUGGAAUGUGUAAGAAUAUAUCUGAACAGUGGAAACAUAAUUUUGGUUUCCCAUGUAUGAAAUGUGCUUUCCUUUUACCUCAGAGGUCAGAUGUCAGAGCUGGGAAUGGUAUCCCACCUAGGUUGACUGUAAUCCACUUUAAAGAUCUUCCAAGUUUUCAAGUUGGAAUUCUAACUUCAUGGGGGCUACAAUGGAAAGCAACACUAGGUACACCCUAAUAUUCUUGAACCCUCACUGCAUUCUGAAACCCUCAAUACAGUCUAGAAACCUUGAUACAUCCUAGAACAAUUCAUACCCUUGACAAAUUCUAAAACCCUAGAUAUAUUCUGGAACCCUCAAUACACUGUAAAGACCUCAAAACAAUAUGAAACCUUGAUUUUACACUAGAACCCAUAAUACAUUCUCGAACACUUAACAGUAGAACCAUUAAUUUAUCCAAGAAUCCCAAAUUGAUCCUUAAACCUUUGAUUCUUCCUAAAGCUUUUUAAUACAUUCGUAAUUCCCUGAUACACUCUGCAACCCUUCAAACAUUCAAGAGCAGUUAAUACUUCCAAAAACUCUAAGUCAAUUCUAGAACAGUCAGUACAUUCUAGAACCCUUGAUUCAUCCCAGAACCCUGAGUACAUUAUAGAAUACUGAGGACAUUCCAGAACCAUUGAUACAUUCCAAAGCCUUCAGUGCAUCCCAGAACCCUUAACACUUUCUUGAACCUUCAGUCCAUCCUAGAACCUGCAGUGCAUUCUAGAACCCAUGAUACAUUCUAGAACACUUAGUGAAGUCUAGAACCAUUAAUACAUUCUUGAAACCUUGAUACAUUUUAGAACAAUCAGAUAUUCUAGGACCACAGUAACCCAAAACCCUUGAUAAACCAAGUCAGUUCAAGAACUAUCCACACAUUCCAGAACCCUUGCUUUAUCCUGAGAGCCUCAGUACAUUCUAGAAACAUUGAAACAUUCUAGAACCCUUAAAAAAUUCCAGGAUCCUGGAUACAUUCCAGAACUCUUGAUGCAUUAUAGAACCCAAGAACCCUGACUACAUUCCAGAGCAUUUAGUCAGUUCAAACAAACACUGAUACAUUCUUUAACCCCCGAUACAGUCUGGAAACUUAAAUAUAUUCUUGAACAAUCGGUUUAUCUAGAACCUCAUUGCAUCCCAGAAUCCUUGUUAAACUAAGUUCAGUAACUGUCAACACAUUCUGGCAACCUUGUUUUAUCCAUGGAGCCUCAGUACAUUCUAGAACCAUUGAAACAUUCUGGAACCCUUAAUUAAUUCCAGGAUCCUGGAUACAUUCUCAAACCCUUGAUACAUACUAGAACCCUUGAUACAUUUUAGAACAAUCAGAUAUUCUAGAAACCCAGCAACCAAAAAUCCUUGAUAAACCAAGUCAGUUCAAGAACUGUCAAUACAUUCUAGAAUCCUCGAUUUAUCCUGAAAGCCUCAGUACAGAAUGUGACCUAUCAACACAUUCUGGCAACCUUGUUUUAUCCGUGGAGCCUCAGUACAUUCUAGUACUAUGGAUAUGUUCUAGAGUCAUUAAAACACUCUAGAACCCUCAAUACACAAUAAUACCCUCAACCAUUCAUGAACCAGCAACACAUUCUUGAACCUUCGAAACAUUCUGGAACCCUGGAUAAAUGCUUGACCAACUGAUACAUCCAGAACCUUUAUACACUGUGCAGUCCUUGACAAACUCCAGAGCAGUUAAUACAUUCUGCAACCCUCUGUAAAUUCUAGAACCCUCAAUGCUUUCCAAACACUCAGGUCAUUCUAGGGCCUUGGAUUCAUUCUAGACCCAUGGGUACUUUCUAAUAACGUGGAUAAAUUCCUAGAUAUAUUGCAGAAGCCCCAAUACACUGUUGAACUCUCAGGACAUUCUAGAGUUUUUGAUAAGUUCUAGAACCUUCGAUAACGCUUCAUUCCCACAGGAACUGGACCACUUUGGAGUCCCUUAUUUGGGGUUUAUCUUGAGCUAUUAUUAUAUGAAGGUUUGAGUUCCAGACAGUAUCUGUUGGGUUUGUAAGCGGUUGUCAUUGGUGGUAACAGUCGGCCGUGCCAGUUCCCUUGUGUGUAUUACAGACCACCAAAGUUCUACCAACUUGAAUAUGUGUAUCAGCAGUGUUCAUUAGAGGCAGUAGGGGGAGUCUUCUUUUUAAAGACCCUAAACGUCCAUUAUCUGUUGUUCUUUAUUAUCCAUAUGUCCUUCAGCCAAUACAUAGUGGCAACACAGUGGUAAAAACCAAAGUGUUGGGCUUUUGUCCCUGAUAGAUGCAGACCAUCUCAACAUCAGGCUACAGGAUACUAGUUUAGCUUUAGCUGUUGGCUGUAGUUAGCAUCAAGACAAGUUUACCAAGGAGUUUAUUUCUAUUAAAUUACAUACCACUGAUGAAAAGACCAAGGGUUCUUCUACCAAAGCCUCAAUUAUCGUCACAGGCAACAGCAGGAAUUUGUGCUAGCAUGGCUAAUGCUAAUGUGCCGGAUUUGGCUUACCAGCUAGCUCUUCGCUUAACAUUCCUGUAUUUCCUCCUAGUGCUGCUCAUAUUUACAAAAAAAGAGUUUGCAAACAGGCAGAUGUUUUAGUUUUGUAUUCUGAAGUUUUCUGAAUUCUUGUUUGUAAUCACAACCCACCUGGUGGUGAUGUCAAAGUGUCCAUAACAAAAUAAUAAUUGUUAUAAUAAUGUUAUGUUGUGUUGAAGGUAGGGAUAUAUGUAAAUCCAAGGGUCAGGGCUACAGCGUGGGUCAUAAUGUGCAGGUUUUUGCUGAAUAUGUUGAAUAUGUUAGUAAUAAUAUUCAAGGCCAGCAGCAGAAAGAAGACACUGAUUAUGAUAUUUGGUUGAAGGAAGGAAACUUUUGAAAACUGCAACAGAAAAAAGGAACACAGGGAUUCCAUUUUAAACAAUAUACAAAGUAUCAUUAGACAAUAAACUCUAAACAGGCAAUAAAUAUUUAUCCAACAAUAAACCAGUUCAAUAGGAGACAUAUUUAACUGUAAAAGACAUCUGUCAAGCUGUGUAACCAUUACAAUCUAUCUAAAUCUAUUAAUCUGUCUAUUUACAGAGCUUUGUCUUCUUUGCCCCAUAUAACAAGAAAACAGUCUAUCACAAACUAAAAUAACCCUGGAUAAUCGCCGCUCCCUGCUCUCUACAUUCACUAUCUCCUCUGUAGCUGUUACAGGUCGUUGUAGAAGACGGGGGUUUGAAAUAAUGCUGUGUUCAGUGUUUUUUCUUUGAUUUUCUCUGUUUCGUCUGUGUUCUGAGUCUGAAUCCUGAUUUUUUAAAAUAUUUUUGGUCCGCCUGUGGAAAGUCUGUGAGCUGCAUGCAACUGAACCGCUUCACGUCUGCAGUUUGAAAUGGUUGUGGAACAAAAAGAAAAAUUAGUCCUGCUGGCUUUUUCUCACGCUGCAGAGAGCCUGGUACUCUUCAUUUUUUAUUCAGCAGUUUUCUUUCUUUCUUUUGAAUUUGUUAGGCUAUAUUUGUAUAGCACUCCUCUUUGAAUUACAAAGUGCUUUAAGACCUUUUUGACCUUCUAAAUGAUGUUUAUUUGCACCUUAAAUGUCAGAAUUGUUUUGUUGCUCUUCUCUUUAUUUUGUGCUGAUUUGCCCUCUAUGGCGACAUGCAUUCUAACCUCAAUGAGGGACUUGUACAGUGUUACUCUUUGUUUUCCCUUUUCACCUUAAUGAGGUCUGACCUCGGCCACGUUAUCCGCCUGAGUCUCCUUUCAGUGUCGUUCUCAGACUGUCCAAUCAAACUGCAAACCAAACCAGCACACCAACGCUCCUGUCUCGGUCUUUCUCUGAAGCAAAGCAGCCCAUAACGUUAAAAUAAUCUCAUUGAUUGGUUUGGAUGCUUGCUCCGUCUUAUAACUCCUUUGAGGACAUUUUGUGGGGUUUGUAGUCAAAUAGUAUGAAAUUUCAAGGAAAGCCUUUUUCUCUCUGAUCACCAAAUGAUACUGGGGAGUCGAUAGAUAUUUUAAUGACAGCCAGUUUUAAAAACCACCAUGUCCAUCCAUUUACAUACAGCUAGUACCAACCUAUUAGCUUAGCAGAAUGUCGAGACUGGAAAAAGUGGAAUACAGCUAGCAUCUGCCCAGAUAUUAUAAAACGAAUCCACCAGCCAGAAUAAUAGUUCUUAAAAAGUGGCUUUUCUUUGUUCCCAGUAAUGUGAUGACAGAUGUGAUACCAAUGUUGUGUCUAUACAGUACACCUUAAGCUCAAACCAAUGCUGGUUAACCUAGCUUAGCAUUAAUGGAUUCAGGAACCAGCAAACCAGCCUCAUUCUACACUCUAGAACACUUCAGUCCAUUCUAGAACCAUAGAUUCAUUCUAGAACCCUUGAUACACUGUAGAACAAUAGAUGCAUUCACAAACCCACAAAACAUUCCAGAGCGUGUAGUCAAUUCAAUAAACAUUAGUAUAUUCUAGAACCCUUGAUCCACUCUGAAACCCUUAGCCCAUCCUAGAACCAUUGAUACAUUUUAGAACCAUUCGGUCUAGAACCAUCAUUACAUUCUUGGUAUCACUGACACAUCCUAACCCUGGGCACUGAGUCAAUUCUAGAACCACCAUUUCAUUUUAGAACCCUCUAGACACUCUAAAAGUCUUAAUGGAUUCUAGAACCCUUGUUGCAUUCUGAAACCCUCAAUGCAUCCUUGAACUUUUACUACGUUCUAAAACCCAUAGCAACAUUCAAUAACACUAAGUCAAUUUGAGAACCAUCAAUACGUUCUAGAACACCUGAUUCAUCCUCAGCACAUUCUAGUUCCACUGAAACAUUCAAGAACCAUUCAAACAGUCGAGAGCCCUCAUCACAUCCUGGAACCCUUGGUACAUUCCGGUACACUGAGUCACUUCUAGAACCUUCAGUUCAUUCCAGAACAAUGUGUUUCAUCAUAGAACCCUCAAUACAUUCCUGAACUGUCAAUAUUCUGAAACCCUCAAUACAUUCUGAAACCCACGAUACAGUCUUGAACAAGAUCCCUCCGCGCAUCCUGGAAUCCUCAGAACAAUCCAGAGCAUGUAGUCAUUUCUAGAACCAUCGAUACAUUGUAGAACCCUCGAUCCAUCCUGGAACCCUCAGAACAUCCUAGGUCCAUUGAAUCACUUCUAGGACCAUUCCAACAAUCUAAAACCCUCGUUACGUUCCGGAACCUGUGAUACAUUUCAGAACACUGUGUCAGUUCUAGAAUCAGCCAUUUAUUUCAGAACUCUGUCAUUCAUCCUGGAGCCCCGAGUACACUCUAGAAAUAUUAAUACAUUCUAGAACACUGAGUCAAUCUAAAACUGUCAGUUCAUUCCAGAACCCUUUGAUCCAUUCAAGAAUGCUGACUAAACUCUAGAACCAUUGAUACCCUUUGAAACCUUUGGUCUAUUCUAGAACCCUUGAUACAGUCUUGGAUGGUGUUUGAGAGAAUAGCUGAAAAUUCUGGUAAAUACAGAAAUAUAUGUAUAGAGUAAAGAAAACUAGUUUCCUGGGAGCGAUUGGAAAAGAAUGUUGGUACCACAGUAUUGUCUGUUAGGAUCAUUUUAAACCAGGGUUAGCAGAUUGUUAGCUUGGCUUAGCAUAAAAAAGGAGGAACCAGCUAGCCUUUGAGAGCCAGUGGCUCAGAUUUUAAUGUGCUGGUCAAAAAAUAGCUCUAGAUUUUCAGGAAGGAAAAGCCAUGCUAUCUUAGUCAGUGCUAGUAAAUAUUAAGCUAAGGCCCCUAGCUGGUUAGCUUAGCACUGCAUUAAGACUACAAAAAGGUACAUGGGUAGCCUUGGUGUAUGUUUAAAAUAACAAUUUUUGGGAAAUGUGCAACCAUUUUUUCUUGGUAAGAGACAAGUAGACUGAUGCCAUAGUCAUAAGAAAAUAUUAAACUAGCUAGAUUAGAUUAUCUUAGUUUGGCACAAAGUGCAAAUGGAGGAACAGCUAGGUUUUCCUUCAAAUCUGCUAACAGGCACCAUUACAGUAAAACUGUUUUUUUUUUUGUUUUUUUUUUUGUUUUUGUUUUUUUUUUGUUCUGCCAAGUUUGUUUAAUCUAUUCAGAACAUAAGUUUACAAGAAGAAAUUGUCAAUUUCUUGGCCAGUGCAAUGUGUUUUUUAAGUGACUUGAGACCAAAUCUUUUUUUUUUUUUAAUGUGAACAGGUACCUCAGAUCUCACGGUUCUAAAAAUGUCAUUUUUGUUUCUCAUGUAUUUUUUACUCCUUUUGUUGAACUGAUGCGCUGUUUUAGCUAAAUUUAGAACUGAAAAUACUGGGUACUUUUAAGCCCCAUCCACUUAUGUCGACCUGAGUUGACUCCUGCUGUAUGGGCUGCUUUGCUUCAAAGACAUAAACCACUCUCCAGUAUGAUUCAGGAUGUUCUGAUGUGGCCUUGGUCCGACCCGUGGCUGUGUUACAUGAUAUUCUAUGCCUUUAGGCUGUAUAAAAUAGCCCCUCUGCCUAUAGACCCUGGUGAGCUACAUGUGUGUAUGUGAGUAUAUACACACCUUGUUGCUAUUUAUUUAUGUAAUGUAAGUAUUUAUUUAAUUAUUUAUUUAUUUAUGCCCGCAUCCUGUUUAUUGGUUCGGCACCUGUGGCGUAUUUUUGAGGAUUGUCAAAACAUUGGUGUAUGAUGA